CAAUUGUUCUUGGAAUAGAGUGAUCGAAGUGAUCGAAGAAUAAGGCCCUCUUGAUCAGUCUAUUGUUGAGAUCCUAUUGAGAAAUAUGGGCAUGGCAAAGCUAAAGAUAGCAGGGGCAUGGAGUGGGGUACUGGAGGUCGAACCGGAGGAGUGGACGGUGGCUAUGCUGAGGGAAGAGGUUGUCAGGCGAUCGGGCUGCGUUCCGCCGGAGUCCGUAAACCUCAUCUCCGCCGGGAAAUUGCUGAAAGACGGUGACGGGUCUGAGAAACUCAGCCAAUUUGGCAUAAAAUAUAACGCCAAGAUUUUGGCCUCUAAGGUUUCUCUCGACAAGGGCAAGUCGUUUAAGGAGGAAUCCUUGGCCGAGGAGGAACGCUCUUCAAGGCUUUCCAGGCUAAAGGCGGCUGCAACUGCAUUGUCUAAGAGACAUGCAGAAGGCACAUUGCCUGUUGAAGACUUCAACUUAGAACUUGAAAACCAGAGCGGAGAAAAAGUGCAGCUUGGAUCUGAUACUGAUCAGCGAGCUAUAAUGAUGGGCCUCAUGCUUCAUGCAAAUGGCAAAGCACUUAUCAGAAAGCAACAGUUUAAAGAAGCACUUGAGGUUCUAACAAUGGGAGAGGAGGCCUUCUCUCUUUGCAAUCCCAAAGUUAUUGAGUUGGUUGACAAUGUAGCCAUUCUACAAAUAGACUUGGUGUGGUGUUACUUCAUGCUCAAAGACAUGAGUUGGCUCUCAGAUGCAGGCGCCCGUCUUGCAAAAGCCAGGGAAGGCCUUGAGCGUGCUCAUGGUAAGGAAGCUAGUCGUGUUAGACUUCUUCAAGGUGGACGCUAUCUGGAGGUUGCCUUGGAGCAAAGGCUCUACGGAAUGACUGCUCUAAAAAAACCUGUUAAUCUCCACUAUCUAAAUGAAUUGGUUUUGGUCGGGUUUGAGAAGGGGCUUGCUGUAGAAGCCCUCCGUAGAAAUGAAAAUGACAUGCAGAAGGCUCUGGAUGACCUCACUAAUCCACAAACCAAUUCUGCUAUUCAGCAACACAUUGAGUCAAACAAAAAGAAAAGGUUGCGUAAUGCACAGAAUGCUGCAAUUGAACAGAUUGCUGCUAUGGGUUUCCCAAGAGAAUCAGUGAUCGCAGCUGUUCGCACUUUUGGGACACGGCAAACAGCUUUGAAUAACCUUCUAGGCCAAUCUUCUUCGUCCAUUACCUGCAAUCUUGCGCCAGUUGGCAACGAAGGCAGCUUGGGGCAAGAUGGUAAUUUCCCAAACAACGAUGGCGAACAGGCACCUGGUAGGAAUGACGAUUUAGAGGAAGACGCUUUUGGAGAUCAAAGUGAGACUGGAUUAGUUCAGGAGGAGACCCGUGACGUUGAAAUGGAGAGGGAGCUUACUGAGGAAUUGCUGAAAGGAGACGCCUACUCUGACUAUGACCUUGAGCUUACCAAAGAAGGCGAAGCGAUCGCCCAAUAUCUGACUCUUUUAACAUCUUCUUCCUAAAUCUUUUGUACCAAUCUGCUUGUAAAUUUCUCUUCGAUCACGAACUGCUGGAAUAUGUUUCUGUUUGAAUGAGUAUCUGCCUGUUCCAUAUUUCUUGGUUUCAGUUUUCUACUUUUAUAGUUCGUUUUUGAAGAGCUCGCAAAAUCAUGACAGUGGUGCAGGUUCAGAUUAUAAUAGACCCCUUCGAGUGCCAAAAUUAGGUGCCAAGAAAUCUUCAAAGCUGACUUUUCUUGUAUAACUGUAUAAUACUCAUUUACGAGUAAUACAAUACUCAUUUUGCACAUUAUAAGAAUGUGUGUAUGCACGUUUUAGGAUUACACAAUGCUCAUCAUAAAUAUACAAAAAAAAAUACUCUGUACAUUU